ACCUUCGAGAAUUACCAACGAAUCCCGACGAAUCAGCAGAGAGCUAAAAGCAUGAAAUACCUUUAAAAAUAUCAAUCAAAAAUUAAAAUUAACUGAACCUGGACUGGACUGCUAGACCUUCAUUUUGUUCGAACAGUGUCAAAGGUAAAUAUAGUGUGAGGUAAAAUUGAAAUGUUCAAUUUCAAAAAGCAGUGACAUUUGAGAAUAUAGCAAUUUGCAUUGAAAUAGUUUAGUGAGGUAACGCAAUACAGUUUCGUACCUCCGUAUAGAAGAGUGUGUUAUAUAACCUUGAAUCACGGGAUUAUAGUAAUGAUCAUUUCUUUUUGUAUAUUUUCUUCUUAAAUGACGUUAUCACGUAUGUGAAUGUGUAGUGCUAAUGUGAAGUUUAUUCGGGUCGAAUUGUAAUACAAACGUGUAGGUUAGGUGUGGGUCUGACACACCAGGGGGUCACAACAAACAACAAUCAUGCAUCGAGCAAGGAUAGUGUUUAACAUCUCUAAAUCUGGCCAAAGUGAGAGAUUUGCAUCAUGGCUCCUAAACAAACCACAGACUGCCGCGGUUUCAGUAAAUGCCAACAGGCUGAAGAGCUCCACCGCGGCGGAACCCUUCCUUAAUGGCUCCAGUUCAGCUUACGUCGAGACCAUGUACAAUGCAUGGCUCGCCGACCCAAACUCCGUACACGCGUCUUGGGAUGCAUUUUUCCGCAAUGCGACAAACGGAGCUCAGCCAGGCGCCGCAUACACGCCGCCGCCCAAUCUCGCGCCAUACAACAAGAAUGAGGUCCCGCUCACAUCGCUCGUGCCAUCUAGCGGCGGAAUGCCUUCGAUUUCAGCAGGUUCCCCUAUAAACGAGAAGAUAAUCGACGAUCACCUCGCCGUGCAGGCUAUCAUCAGGAGUUACCAGUCGAGGGGUCAUCUUGUGGCGCAACUUGACCCGUUGGGAAUAUCGACCGGAGAUCCGGUGUCGAGCGCUGAUUGGCACGGCGGCAUGCGAGCCUUCGCUAACGAAGCUGUCAUUAGACAACACGUGAGAUUUGAUGAAGCCGACAUGGACAGGGUAUUCAAACUACCCUCAACUACGUUUAUCGGCGAAAAAGAAAAAGCGCUCCCGUUGAGAGAAAUUCUGAAUCGUUUGGAGCAAGCGUACUGCAACAACAUCGGUAUUGAGUUCAUGUUCAUAAAUUCCCUGGAACAAUGCAACUGGAUCCGACAGCGCAUGGAGCCACCGAACGUAACAAAGAUGAACGCUGACCAGAAGAGGCUCAUCCUGGCUCGUCUAACCAGAUCAACUGGGUUCGAGAAUUUCCUCGCUAAGAAAUGGUCCUCCGAGAAGCGUUUCGGUUUGGAAGGGUGCGAAAUUUUGAUUCCGGCGAUGAAGCAAGUCAUCGACGUUUCCACGAAACUCGGAGUCGAAUCCAUCAUUAUGGGCAUGCCCCAUAGAGGGCGCCUCAACGUACUCGCGAACGUGUGCCGUAAGCCUCUGCACCAGCUGUUCACACAGUUCGCCGGUCUCGAAGCUGAGGAUGAUGGUUCCGGCGACGUGAAAUAUCACUUGGGCACGUACAUCGAGCGUUUGAAUCGCGUUACCAACAAGAACAUUAGAUUGGCUGUUUGCGCGAACCCCUCGCACUUGGAGGCCGUCGACCCCGUGGUGCAGGGCAAGACCAGAGCCGAGCAGUUCUACAGGGGAGACAACGAGGGCAAGAAGGUGAUGUCGAUCCUGCUGCACGGCGACGCGGCGUUCGCUGGUCAGGGCGUCGUGUUCGAGACGAUGCACCUGUCGGACCUGCCCGCCUACACCACGCACGGGACCAUACACAUCGUCGCCAACAACCAGAUCGGGUUCACGACCGACCCCAGGCACUCCAGAUCUUCCGCCUACUGUACAGACGUGGCCCGCGUUGUUAACGCUCCGAUAUUCCACGUGAACGGUGACAAUCCUGAGGCUGUAAUGCACGUUUGUAACGUGGCUGCCGAAUGGAGAGCCACGUUCCACAAGGACGUUGUCAUUGACAUCGUCAGCUACAGGAGAAACGGACACAACGAAGUUGACGAGCCGAUGUUCACUCAGCCCCUCAUGUACCAGAAGAUUCGUAAGACCAAACCAGUAUUGGAGAAAUACGCGGACCAGUUGAUCGCGGAAGGAGUCGUCACAGCUGAGGAGGUUAAAGACGUGAAGGACAAAUACGAAAAGAUCUGCGAGGACGCGUACAACCAAGCCAAACAGGAGACCCACAUCAAAUACAAGGACUGGCUCGACUCGCCCUGGUCGGGCUUCUUCGAGGGGAAGGACCCCCUAAAGAUGUCGGCCACCGGUGUAGUGGAGGAGACCCUCGUGCACAUCGGGCGUCGGUUCUCAUCCCCCCCUCCCAACGCCGCGGAGUUCGAGAUCCACAAGGGGCUGCUUCGUAUCCUGAAGUCGCGCAUGGAGAUGGUCGACAACCGUACAGUGGACUGGGCGCUCGCGGAGGCGAUGGCCUACGGAUCUCUGCUCAAGGAGGGCAUCCACGUGCGUCUCUCUGGUGAAGAUGUUGAGCGAGGCACAUUCUCUCACAGACAUCACGUGCUCCACCACCAGAAGGUCGACAAGGCCACUUACUGCGCCUUGGCACAUCUGUACCCCGACCAGGCUCCCUACACUGUGUGCAACAGCUCACUGUCUGAGUAUGGUGUCCUGGGUUUCGAGGUCGGCUACUCCGUAACGAACCCGAACGCCCUGGUGCUGUGGGAGGCCCAGUUCGGAGACUUCAACAACGUGGCCCAGUGCAUCAUCGACCAGUUCAUCUCCAGCGGACAGGCCAAGUGGGUGCGCCAGUCCGGGAUUGUACUGCUGCAGCCUCACGGCAUGGAGGGGAUGGGCCCCGAGCACUCCUCGGCUCGUUUGGAGAGGUUCUUGCAGAUGUGCUCCGACGACCCGGACUACAUGCCCCCGGAAAGCCCCGACUAUGAAGUGCGUCAGCUUCACGACUGCAACUGGAUCGUAGCGAACUGUUCGACUCCGGCGUCGUAUUUCCACAUUCUGCGUCGCCAGAUCGCUCUGCCCUUCCGGAAGCCGCUCAUCUUGAUGACGCCCAAGUCUCUGCUGCGUCAUCCCGAAUGUAAAUCCUCCUUUGACGACAUGAAGGAGGGAACCAAUUUCAAGAGAGUGAUCCCCGAAGAAGGUCCAGCCUCCGAGAACCCUCAGAAUGUACGCAAACUCGCAUUCUGUUCCGGACGCGUCUACUACGAUCUACUCAAACAGAGACGCGACAAGGGACUCGAAAAGGACAUUGCUAUUGCUAGACUCGAGCAGAUCUCUCCGUUCCCGUACGACCAGGUGAAGGCCGAGAUCGCGAAGUACCCGAACGCUCAGCUCGUGUGGAGCCAGGAGGAGCACAAGAACAUGGGCUCGUGGAGCUACAUCGAGCCGCGCUUCCGCACCCUCCUGCAGAACCAGAAGCAGAUUAGGGCAAAGUCCCAAUCGAAGGGGGGUAGCUGGUUAAGCCAACUAUUCGGCCGAGACGAGAGUCCGCAAACUAACGCUCAGGAAACUGAGACAGUACCGCGCACCAUUAGCUAUAACGGUCGCGCCACAGCCGCCUCUCCAGCGACCGGCUCGAAGGCCGCCCACAACAAGGAACUGAGGAACCUUCUCGAAGAGUUCUGCGUGUUAUAAGCCUUCGCGUAUCCCAUCAAGAAAUAGCCCGGACCCCUAACACUGACGACGAACUCGCUAGUAACUCGCGGUACAACUUAGACGUAAAUUAUAUUUAUUAGGGAGCUUGCCGUUAUUUGCGAGAUCAAAUCGAAAUAGUCAACAAUAGUAGCGUUAUAGUUGAGCAUAUCUGCCAUAAACACUUAAACAAAAGUGUUAUAAUUAUAUCGAAACGAAAAAGAAAAAAAAAAAACUAUUGAUCGUAAUUUCGAUUAUCGAAAAUUGUUUGAUUUUCAAUUAUUUUUUUAAUCCUUUUAUUUCGUUACUGUCAGUAUUUUGUUGUAAUUCUCUUCAAAUUUAAUUAUCUAGGCUAGUUAGAUAAAAUUUCUUAUUUAUUUAUUUAACAGUAGAAAUUAGUACGUGACUCUUACGUAGUAUUUAAAAACGUUACCUAUUUAAUAUUAAUUGUUAAUAAAAAGCAAUAUGUUUUAGUCUCACGUAGUCACUCCACUAUGUUACGGCGUCGUUUCAUGUUGUAAGAAAUUAUUGAUUUAUAAUAAAUUAUCGUACAUACUUUUAUUAUUUAGUUAUUUGUAAAAAUAAAAUGCGUUUCGCUUUUGCGCUAUACAUAAUAAUAUACAUAUUGUAUUAUUCGCGUUAACGGGUUUAAAUUUUUUAAAUGUUUUAACGUUUAUAGUUGCUAGUCCGAACGUGAAAAAUACGUCACCACUUAAAAUAAAUAUAAAGUUAUUAAUUUUGUCUCAUAAAAAAAAAAUAAGUUGCUUUAUAAUCGUAGUUAAUAAACCCCUAAAAAUUAUCUUUGAGAUGUUAUAGUAACAAUAUAAUUGGGCACUAGUUGUGAUUCGGAUCGCACCUUCUAGUUCAUUAGUACUUCACACGUAUGUAGUUUCGUAGCGUAUGUGCACCACUAAAAUUUAAUUAAAAAAGAAUCGAUUUUAAUUACCAAAAAUAAGCUUAGGCAUUUUUGGAGAGGCAAAAAAAUAUAGUGUAAACGUGCUGUAUUUAGAAUUUCAGAAAUUUCUGCUUAAAAUUAUCGAUACUACUAGUUUUCCGUAUUGUUAAUGUAUAAAAUGGGAUAUUAAUCUAAAUAUCCAAUACCAUCCGUAUUUGGGGGGAAAUUGGAUAUUUUAUCGCCUUUUUUUUUUAAACAGCAUUGCUACCGUCGCACAUUCAAAACGAAAUAUAAUUAUUUUUGGUAAUUGAAAAAUAGUAUGUAUGUGUGGUGUAUAGAGGUCGUUUUGUUUUGCAACCAUCCGGCUUCUUAGCGGUUUGGUUCGCUUAAAGUUACCGUCGUUAUGAACGACUCUUGUAAGGAUUAACACCAACGUCCCGCUUUGUAUAAAUAAAAUACGCAUAAUUUAAUCCUCUUGAAUGUCUUAAAGUUAUAUUUAAAGAAAAAGUGUAUGAAGCAUUCUUUCUGGUUCACGCGAGCGAUUAAAAACAUUUUUAUGGUAUUAUUUUUGUUUUUAACACGUUUUCUACGGGAACACGUCGAUCAUUCAAUGUCCCUUGUAAAUUAAAUAGGAUAUAAAAACCAUAAAACGGUUUUUAAUUAAAUUCAAUAAUAUUUCAUUAAAAUCGAGACUAUUCGACGUGUAAAUGACGAUUUAUAGUCCAGUUUUAGUCUCGGUCAUAUGAAAAAUUAUCGAUGCCGUUGGCUUUGUUGUAAAACUUGGCGCACGUAUUGAAGAGCCCUGUUUUACUGAUAAUUUAAAUGUUUUCUAUGUUCCCGUAUUAUUGUUGCUCAGGUUGUGUGGUGAUAUGAAUGAUAAGAGUGUUUUGUUUGUGCAUGAGGACUUGGGCCAAUUUAUUGCUAUAUAGUUCGUACUAGUUACUUUACAAUAAACAUAAUAUACAGCAA